AUGGAUCAUAACAAUAAUUUGUUUGCGGAUAAUCAGCAGUUCAAUGCAUAUGACAAUCUGAACCUCUUUCAGGCUGGCUCUGAUUCCAAUUUCAACGAGGCUGGCUGGGGCGUAAACGCCAGCGACUAUGGAUCCCAGUCACGUGGCCAGCUUCCUGCAGUCAACAAUACCUGGCAGCAGAAUGCAAACCACUUGUCGGCCCCGUCGUCCAAUGCAGGCUACAACGGCCAGGCAUCGCCAUACGGACGUACUCUGAAUCAAAGUCCGGUCUCGUUCAACCAGAAUCAAUAUCAGAACUACAGCCAACAGCAACAGCAGAGCUUUCAGCCGUACGGACAGUCACAGUAUGAUCAGUCGCUCUUCUCUCGACCCGGCAGCGGCCAGAACUUCACCAACACCGUCACGCCUCAGGCUCUGGAGCGUAACACGCAACCUGCAUAUACUGGCAGUCCCUACGGCAACCCUGCUUUUCCGAACAAUGCCUUUGGUCAGAAUUCAUCCCUUAGGCCCAAUUCGACGCCACUGCAAGCACGCCCCGUCAGACAGAAGAUACUCAGCGAUGCUGUCCCCAAAGGCGACGACUCAGGCAUGUUCAGCAUCAUCAACUUCGACGCUCUUGCUCGUGCCACCAACACCGAGCGCAUGGGCAAUUACGUCAAUGUCGGCAAGGAACCACUCGAAUGGGGUAUUACAAGAAAUGUAGUCCCAUCGUACGUCCCUCGAAAGUCUCGCAGUGAGCUGAGAGCGCUCGCAGCCAACAACGCGACAGCUCUCGCCAAGAUCGGAAAGAAGUCGAGCAAGAAGACGAAGGCCUACCCAACCUUACUGAGCGACAUCAAAUCUGCAAGUGCUUCGGCUUCAAGCACUGGGGGAAUCAAGCACGAGCAAGAGACGUCCAGUUCUGAAGAACUCUCUUCCGAUGACGACUCCGAUUAUACCGACGAAGACGACGACGAAGACUCGCCUUUGCCGGCAAAACGCCCGGACAACCCCAAGCAAGGAGUUGAAUACGACACUAUCAAAGCUCUUUGGCGCAGUAAGCGCAAGACCCUCUCCUCAGAGUCGAUUCGCAAAGGUCUGGUCGACUUCUGGGAGAUCGUGAGAAACAUCAGAGACCGAUGGAAGAAGGAUGUCCAAGAUGUGACAGAUGCGGAGGAGAAGAAGCAGACUGGGCAACUCCCCAUGCUUCAAAGCAGAGUCAAGGAUCAACGCGACAUGAUGGAGUCAGCAUUCAAGGCUGCGCUCAAGCAUGGCCACCGUGGUCUUCUCGAACUACUUGCAGAGAAUCUUCCUCUAAUAUUCGUCUGCUACCAAUUCCUCCUCGACCGACUCAAAGCGGAGGAUAUCAACGGCGGCCUACCACGUGCCAUGCUGGAAACGAUGAGCCUCUGCACCACGCUCACAAACGACAAGAUCGAGAGGGUGCACCUGGUCAAAGUCUUGCCCCGCUGCACCAGGAAAGGCGACGCCAAGACUCAGUUCUACGUGAAGAAGAUCAUGGCUAACGCAGAUAUCGCCGACAAGGAAGCAGCUAGCAAGCCUGAGAAGAAGCCGGACGAGAAGGCCGCUACUGGAACAAUUGACGACAAGACGACUGCCAUUCCGGCGAAGCGUACUGCUCCAGAAGCCGUUGCGGGAGUGAAGCGUGCCGCCACUACAUCGGCUACAGAUGGAACAGCAACGAAGAAGGUAGCCGCCGCAGGCACUAAGACGAACGGUAUCAACGCAGUACCAAAGGUGAACGGUGCUGUGAAGAAGCCGGUCUCGAGCAGCGAUACCGCCAAACCGACCACGACUGCAGCUGCCCCCCGCAAGACGGUAGUACCCAAAUCAUCGGGUUUCUUCUCAAGCCUACAAUCAGCGUCGAAGAAGCCAGGCACUUCAAAUGCAGACAAGGCUGCUGGAUCUACUGUGAAACCUGCAAAACAGACCUCUGCACCGAAGCCAGCAUUCUCGUUUGCAGAAACCAUGGCCAACCUGGCAAAGCCCAAGGAGGAGAAGCCUGCUGCGAAGCCUCAAAAGGAGGUGCCGCCAGAGACGCCAGAGGAGCGCGAGAAGCGACUCCGCAAGGAGAAGCGUCGCAAGCUACACGUCACCUUCAAGCCUGGCGAUGAGCUUGUGCAGAUACGCUACUUCACCCACGACCCGCAGGAAGAGAUUGGCCACGACUCCAGUCAAAUGCGUGAUAUGGCCGAUGUUGGCGGUGAGGGUCGUGUGCUGAAGCAACACGCACAUAUGAUGGAAAUCGACGAUGAGGACGAUGUGCUUGAAGAGGUCGAGGACCUCAAGGAGUUCACCACACCUUCGCUGGUCGACUUCAGCGUCGUGGACGAGGAGGAGCGCAAGCGUAAUUACGCCCCAUACGGUGGCGGGGAGCAGCAGCCUGACUCCAAAGAACGAGCUGUGCGUGACGAAUAUGAGAACAACAACCUCAUCGUCAUCUAUACAAAUUCGAGCCAGAUUCCUCCCAACCCACGCGAGCCCGCUGAUCCCUACAACGGCGAACCUGGUCAGCCUUUGCGGUACUUUGGCGCUCCCGAAGAGAAGUACAGUGCACGUGCCCAAGCAAAGAGAAAUCAGUCAAACAACAUGCCAAGUGGAUUCGACCUCACCGCGUUCAUGAAGAAGCAGCAGCAGCAGAAUCAGCAGCAACAGCCUGCUGCCCAUUCGAUGAACCCGGACGUCAUGUCCAUCCUGGCCUCUUUGCAGCAGGCUGCACCAGCUCAGGCUACUCCACCUCCGCCACAAGUACCAGCAUUCGGACAGCCGUACAUGGCCCCACAGCCAGCAGCCGUCCCACCACCGCCACCGCCUCCAGCAGGCCUCGAUCUGGGUGCCAUCUUGGCUUCACUCAACGCUGGCAACAACCAGCAGAGCAAUUACGGUGCGCCGAAUGCCGCUCCCAUGAUGAGCUACGGACAAAACAACCCGGCACCAAACGAUCCGGAGGUCGCCAGGAUCAGAGCCUCUGGCAAUCCCAACUACAAGACCAGAGUCUGUCGAUACUGGCAGGAGGGCAGGUGUCAGAAGGGUGACAGCUGCAGCUUUCUCCACGAGUAA